AACUGGUCUUCCUGUGGUUCCUCCUUCAAAAUCCAAGAUGGCGGUGUUUCGUCGCGAUCCUUGUGGCAUUUGCUGCAUAAUCCUCACUUAUUCCGCUGUUAUUUACGCCGACUAUUGUAUCGUCAACCAUGUUGUCAUCCCAACUAUCUCAGACAGCAUCUGGGGUACCAUUCAUGUGAUCAUAUUCAAUAUUAUAGCAUUUCUACUCCUGUUUUCACAUUCACGGGCCUCUUUUUCAGACCCAGGAGUUGUUCCCCUACCGACUGAAAGCCUGGACUUUUCAGAAAUAAAUAAAGCUCGCAAUUCUGAAAAUGGUGAGUCAGAAUGGACAGCAUGUACUAAAUGCGAAGCUUAUAGACCACCCAGAGCACACCACUGCAGGAUUUGUAGAAGGUGUAUCAAGAAGAUGGACCAUCACUGUCCCUGGAUCAAUAACUGUGUUGGGGAAAGCAAUCAAAAAUACUUUUUUUUAUUCUUAUUCUAUACAGGUUUACUUAGUUUAUAUGCUAUUAUCCUGGUAGCUGUGUCAUGGACAAAAGAGUGUGUGCAAUGUUCCAAAGAAUAUGAUAAGAGGACAAGAUUUAGUAUCUACACCAUCAUCUUGAUGAUUGAGUCUUGUUUGUUUGGUCUUUUUGUUAUGGCAAUGAUGUGUGACCAGUUUUCAUCAAUCACAGAAGACCUUACAGCCAUUGAGAAUAUCCAGAAGCAAGUAAGAACGAGUAGAAAGCCCAGGACAGCACUGUUAGCAGAAGUGUUUGGAAGAGGUAGUUAUCUUCUGUGGUUCUGUCCCUGUACAUCAACGACUACAGCAAACCAAGUGGGCUCAUCAGGAACUGACAGGUUCUAUGUCUGAUAACAAUUACAAAAAGAAUGUGUUAAGAAUAUUAACUAUUUAUACGUGGCCUAAGGCCCCUGAGAUGUAAAUUUUGAAAGUUCUAGCAUAACUGAUGGUGGCUACUCUUCAUGAAGGGCAACAAGAGCGAGAGGAAGGGGGGUUGCCAAAAAGCAUUAGUAUUUGAUUUUCCAUUAUGUGUUGUGCUAGGAAUUGGGGAAUUGGUGUUGAGUGUACAUUGGCUAUUAAAAUUUAUUUUUUAUUUUCA